UUGCUUUCAUUACGGUCUACACUGUUGGAGGAUCGUGACGGAGUGCGGGUUCGCGCCGUGGCUGAAGCCCUCUCGUAUUUUUGGGGAAAACAAGAGCCCACAGCACUGUACCAGGAACACGUACUUUGCGCGUUUUCCCCCGCUCGACAAAUAAAUGCUCAGCAUAGGCAUCCGAGAAAUAAAACACGCGAAAAACAAGGACCAUUUUGCGCACAGAAACAAAAGCGCAUUGGCAGUACAGCGGCGAGAAAACGCUCACGGAUUCUCUCAAUGCAUACCCUCUGUGCUCGGACAACGAUGAAACCAGAAAUAAGCGCCGCCGUCGGAUUUCUGUCGAGAUUUCUGCGGAUUAAAGGACAUGUAAACGACAGGCAGCUCCAGACGUUCAGCCAAACCCUACAGGAUAUCCUUGCAGAGCAAUACAAACACCACUGGUUCCCAGACCGUCCCAACAAAGGUUCUGGUUAUCGCUGCAUACGCAUCAAUCACAAGAUGGACCCUCUGGUUGGGCAAGCCGGUCAGCGCAUCGGUCUGAGCAUCCAGCAGCUCUAUCUGCUGCUUCCCAGCGAGCUCACGUUGUGGGUCGACCCUUUCGAGGUGUCCUACCGAAUCGGAGAGGACGGAUCCAUCUGCGUUCUCUACGAGUCCCUUCCCAGCACCAACGGAAACGCCAGCAGCAUCACUGGAAACAGCAACCCACCAUCCAUGCUCAGCCAGGUAUCCCCCAUGGUGGACAGUCACAUCAGCUGCAAGGAAGAACUUAUGGUUAUGGGUCGAGCCAGCCCCGCCAAACCCUACAUGAUGACUGUGUCCAGCUAAACAGGCCACGGCAGUCAUUUUUAAAAUAAUAUGAAAUCAAAAAAAAAGAGGAAGAAGAAAAAACAGGAUGUGUCCUAUCGUCCAGGUGAUGGAAACCUUGUAGGUUUAAUUUUCACUCGUUUGGUUGUCUGUUCUAUUUUUGUGUUGGAUCUACCAGAGGCUUGACCCUGGGGCAGCUAUGAAGACCCGAAACAUCGCUUACCCUCGUAGUUGGGGAGUGGUUUCACCAUCAUCUACCGAUGUUGACUUUGCACUUUCGCUUUUACUGCUUAUGUUACCACAUAAACACAAACUCCCUCAAAAAUGUUAAGGAGAUACACCCAGAAUCCUCUUUCUGUUCGCUGUCGAGCUGAAGCCCAGGAUUGACGUCAGUUUCUCCAGACCAGAGUAGCCGCUGUUCGCCCUUUUUUCUGAAAACCUCACUUUUUUGGACCACAGAGCGGUACUUGUUUGUCGUUCUCUGCGUCUGGUUUGCUGCCUGUGCUUCAGUUCGACAAGAACGGUUUCAACCCACCUUUUAUUUCUUCAUACACUGUCAGAUUGAAACACCUGUGUCAUAAGGUUACCCACGCAAGUCGUCGAUGGCACUGUGAUGCAAUGGUUUUAAUGCUUGUAGAUUUCUUUGAGGGUGCGACCUCUCCCACUUGGAUGAAUGUAAUUUAUAAAAAAUGACUAAAAUUGAUUCAUUUAAGCCCAUUUGUCAUACCAAAACGGAAGAUGUAGCAAAGGUUUUUUUGUGACUUGGAGCAGAUGUGAUCUUUAUUUUCUGCCUGGUUAGAAAAGACGUUGAAUGCACUUUGACAUUUAGACUGUGUUGGAUGAUGGCCCAGCUUCAUUCCAUCGCCUUUAACUAUCUUAUUUUGUUAUCAUUAAUCCUUUUUAAAUGAGGUUGCAAUAGUGAGAGAAGAAACAUUUCAAACCAGGUUCUCUCAUUCGAGUGUGACGUUUUAUCCUUAUGACUAAUAUUCACCCAAUUCAUGCUUUGGUCACUUUAACAAGGCCAGUAACCUACUAACUGGCUUAAACUAUCCUAAGAUGGUUUGCUGGUCACUUACUUCCAACCUGGUGGUCUCUCUAUUGGCCAAUACCUCUCUAAAACCACCCAACAGACCAGCUUGAGAGAUUUGCAAACCAACUUAGGCUAGUUUCAAGCUGUGGUUAACAGCAUGUCCAUCGUAAAGCCGUUUAUGCAAUGGGAAGCUGGUCUCUCUCCAUAAAACAAAUCUGGACACCUGGUUACGAGACCAAUGUUUCCAAUCCCGCUUCUCCUAAACAAAGUCACCUUGGCAGAUGUGAACUCCUCACUUGCACACAGAAUCGCAGGACCCGUCAAGCUACUACGAGGUUGACCACGGUGCUCGCUCUUCAAAGAGGGUUUAGCUCGGCAGAGCUAACGGCACGCACUUUCCAGCCAGACUAACUAGCCAAGGGUCACCGGUGUCGGUCUUAAGCAGGAGCGCGCAGUAAAACAUAUCACCUCCCUCCCUCGGCUGGGCGUAAGAGGGGGUCGGACCCUCAUAUCAGGGCAGCUACAAUCCUCUCCGGCCCCCUCCCGCAGCCCGGAGGAGAGUCUAGCCAGCACACGUACCGAGCGCACUCCAAACCCACUGAGCCUUACAGACAGGGCAGGGUCGAACAGGAAGAAACACAAAUUAGCGGGGGUGCUCCUGGUUUUGUCCGGCCUCAAAUUUGUUCUGGAAAUUUGUGCUGAAUCUGUUUACAUUGGAUGAAAUGAGUAGCAUGUGUGUGUGAAAGACUCUUGCUCUUGCCUUAGCCGUUAAGCUGCCGAGACAGGGUGCUGAUGAUCAGUCAUAUGCGUGCUCAUACAUUUGACCCAAGAGGAUCACGGGUAACAAAGCCAGGUUGACGAUGCACUGCCGUUCCUUCCUGUUUUCCCCUAUCGGCUAUUUGAGAGAGGAGGAGGGCGCAUCUAACAAGCUGAAACCACAGCACACGCUUCUCAAAUCCAAAUUCACGGGUCAAACGGCUGUUUGAUCAAACUUAGGUGGGUUUUAAUUUUAAAGUUGUUUAAAUACAAUCCGAUGAUCUUAACCAAAUUCGAACAGACAAUUAGAGUGCUUUUAGAUCUACAAUUUUUUUUUAAGACUUGACCCUCACCCCACCUCCACCGAAAUGACAAAUUUCACUCCCUAUCCCAAACCCUGUGUUAGAUUAUGCGUUUGCACACACUUUUAGUAUCGCUCGAGUCUAAAUUAAGAGUCUACUUGAGGCAAGAGCACACGAUAUGCACUAAUAGGUUAACAUUGAAGUUACGUGACUUUCGAGUCUCUUUUGGAAUGUAUCGCCAAGCUCAGGCCACAGACAUUCAUUCUUAAACUAUUAUGGAUGUGCAGGUUAAAAUGUGAAAACUAGAAGGGAAUUUCAAUUCGGUUUAACUUUGUCGGUCAUUUCAGAAGCGAUUCGAGUUCUCGGUUCCACGUUUGUAGAAUGUAUUGUUAUUGUACGAAAUACGGUAGACUGAGUACAUGACCAUACAUAUGGGAAGUGCCAAUAUAUGAAAUUUUGCUGUGUGUAGACGUGUUCCUUUUUGUAUUUCAUAUUUCAUAAGUGAAGCCAUUCGUGUUAGGAGUGUUGGAGAGGACCAAAGUUGUUUUGGUAAAAAGUAUAUAUAUAUAUAUAUCAGUUUCCAUGCUCUGUGCUGAUAGACUUUUCUUGUUUUUUUUCUUUUCUUUUUUUAAUUUAAACAAAAACGAGAAAAAGAAAAUUCUGAGCUACCCAAGAUAAAGUCGCCUGUAUCUUGUGAUUUUCCUCUGUCUGUACAUCUCUUGUGUUCCUGUUUUUUUUUCUUUCUUGGGUAUGUUGUGAUGAACUGCUGUAAAUUUGUACAGUUCAUGUAAAUUGAUUGUGAGGAAGUUGUACAGAUUUCUAUAUUUUGGAAGAAAAGUUUUUUUUCUCUGUAAUAAAAGAUUUCCUAUCUUGGCAAUGUU